AUGGCUGACUAUCCUUACUCCAAAGAUUAUGGGCGCAGCUUGCUCGAGGGCCUACCCCUAUCAAUUAAGAGGUAUCAAUAUCAAGGAAAGGAACACUUCCUUCACACUUAUUAUCUUGAACUAGAUCUUUUCAAGCGUUCAAAACAUGACACAUCAGAGUACAUCCUAUUCGAUAUCGACGCUGAUACCCUCGAAAAGGAUUUCCUCGAUCCAAAUAUCGAUUGUUCCUUUACUUUCGACUCUUUCGAUACAGAGAGAAAUCUUCUUCUAAUCAAGAUGAAAUCCGACGAGCAUGCGCAGGCAACCCAACAAAUUGGUUUUUCAAUUAUGGAAAAGCUCCUGCAUAUGGGGCUUCGAACCGACGUAAAACCAUUCCCCUUAAUCCGAGCUGGCGCCCAAGGAAAACACCCUGAUAAUGGAUGGGGCCCAAUGAGACCACCAGAUCAUGACCGUAGGGCGACCAUUGUUGUUGAAGUUGGGCUGGCGGAAUCGCAGCCAAAACUCGAGCGCGACGCAACAUUUUUGUUAGAUCCAGAGAGAGGCAAGGCUAACAUAGCCUUAAUCGUAAAAUUGAAUCUAAAAAAACACCAGAUGACUCUCGACAAAUAUGAAUGGGACGGGGACAACGAAUUCAUCAAAAUGGUACAGCGCAUCCAGAUCACUGAGGGAGAGAUUGCGACUUCAAACCCAUUAGUUAUAUCCAUCGAACAAUUGAUGAUGCGACCCAGGUCUUCACCCGAGAAUGAUAUUAUAAUUGGUAUAGAAGAACUGAAGGAUAUUGCGGAUAGUAUUUGGAGUGUCCAAACUUCCUAA